AUGCCCAUAUUCAUGAUGCAGAGCAUCAAGGACAUCAAGGAGAUUGGCGAGGAAAUGAAGGAGACUCAUACGCGCGAGUUGGUGCUCAACAUCUUGACCAUUGUCUUCGCCGUCAUCCCUUUUGCUGGCCAAGCCGUGACAGCUCUCGGUGGCGCCGCGCGUAUUGCUAGUGCCGCGCUCAUUAUUGGCGAGGCCGGAAAUGCUGCCAUCAGUAUCGUGGACAUUGUGAAGAACCCAGAUUCGGCACCUUUUGCCAUCCUGGGCAUGCUCAUAGGGGCUGCUGGACUCAAAGGCGGCAAGCCCCCCCGGGGUGCGUUCAAGGACGCAGCAGAUGCCCGUAGGGCUCUUUCGGCGAACGACAUGAAGGCCUUUUCGGACGAAUUCUGCCGCAAAGAUGGCCUGGUGCAGAACGUCAUCAAGUCCUGUACCAUUCGGUGA